CAAACAUUAGAAUAAGUACAACACAAAGAGAAGAUCGAAUAUAUAACGUAAGGAGUGUGUGUGUGUGUGUGUGUGUGUGUGAUCGAUUGUGGAUAAUUGGAGAGAUGAACUAAAUACAACAGAACAUUAGGAUCAUUUAUUCUGGUAACAAUUAUCAUCAUCAUCAUCAUAAAUAUACUACUUAUAAUCAUCAUAAUAAUAAAAUGCAAAAAUCAAUUCGUGCAAAUGAGCAUCAAUUAUAUUAUUUAGUGAAUAAAGCUCGUGAAAAUGGUUUAGCUAAAUUAUCUGGUAAUUUAUGGAAAAGAAGUUUAGAUACUGGUAAAUGGCAAUUACGUUACUUUAUAUUAUAUCAGAAUUUAUUGUUUUAUUUCGAUGGUGAACGUGCAGAAAGACCAUCUGGUGUUAUAUUUUUAGAAAGUUCUUAUUGUGAACCAAAUGUUAAUUUAAAAUCUGGACGAGAUGAUAAAACUGGUGGACAACAAGGAAACUACUUCACGAUAUCCUAUCGUAAAGAAGGUGUCCGUCAAUAUGAUCUACGUGCUGAUACUGAAGAAGAAUGUUUCAUGUGGGUUGAUGCAAUCAAUGGUGCCAGUUUCAGUAAAUUGUUAGAAUUAAAACAAGAAGCUGAACAGAAACAAUUACAUUUAUCACAAAUACUUGAAACAGAACAACGAGCUAAAUGGCAUUAUGUUAAACAAAUUGAAGAAUUAACCGCUGAAAUAAAACAAUUAAAGUAUGAAUUCAAUGAAUAUCGCAUUGAUCGUCGAUUUAAUUUAGAAUUGGAAAAUGAAUCAGAAGAGUUGAGAAAAAUUAAAAAGGUGCAAUCAUUCUUUCGUGGUUGGUUAUGUCGUCGCCGAUGGAAACAAAUUGUUGAAGAAUACAUUCGAUCAGAUCAUGCUGAAUCAAUGCGUCGACGUAAUAGUAUUGUAUUUGGCUUAGUUGAAUGCGAAGACGAAUAUGUUCAACAAUUGUCUAUAUUAGUCACUUGUUACUUGAGACCGUUUCGUAUGGCUGCGAGUUCGAAAAAGCCAAUUGUUAGUCAUGAAGACGUGAAUUCAAUAUUUUUAAAUGCUGAAGCAGUUUUAUUUUUACAUCAAGUUUUUGUUCAAGGUUUACGGAAUAAAAUGGAGAAUUGGCCUACUUUACAAUUAGGUGAUCUAUUCGAUUUAUUAUUACCAAUGUUGGGAAUCUAUCAAGAAUAUAAUAUAAACAACGUCCAGAAUUUACACAUAUGCUUAAACGUCUUGAAGAGAAACCAUUAUGUGAAGGUAGAUCAAUUGAAUCGUUUUUAACUUAUCCAAUGCAUCAAAUUCCACGUUACAUAAUCACUUUGCAUGAAUUACUUGCUCAUACACCAUAUGAUCAUGUUGAUAGGAAGAAAUUAGAGUUUGCUACAUCGAAAUUGGAGCAAAUAUCUCAUUCCGUUUCACUUUCUUCGCUCCGUCUCUCUGAUUG